AUGAAAAAUAAAUUCCCACGAAAGAACAUUGACUUUGGAGACAAUUCUACAACUGUUGCAAAAUUUUCCAUUGCUGUGGAGAACUCCAAUGCCUUGAUCAAUGAGGCAAUUGCUGAUAAACUUGAUGUUAAUCAGCUAAUUUCCUCUUCUUCUUCAUCCACAAAAAAAUCUUUCAAUAUUGCAGACUUGGGCUGUUCUGUUGGCCCUAACACAUUCAUUGCAGUACAUUACAUUAUAGAAUCUGUAAAACUCAAAUGCCAAUCCUAUUGCCUCGAUUCAGAACUCGAAUUUCAAGUGUUCUUCAACGACCAUGCCUCCAAUGAUUUCAAUACACUUUUCAAGGCACAUGAGCUUGCCUUUGGAGGUCUCAUGGCACUUAUUAUCCCUUGCUAUCCAGAAGGGACCCCUCCUUCCGAGUGUCCUUUAUUUGCAAUUAUAGAUCUUUUGGGAGCCACCCUCAUGGAGAUGGCAAGCAUGGUAGUUUUGAUUAAGAGGAAUGGGUAUUUUGAUAUUGAGAAAGUGGAAGCUUUGGUUCGCAGACGAAUGAAAGGACCAGCUCCAUUGAAUCAUUUAAGAGCUGCAUGGGAAGGGCUAAUCAUAGAACACUUUGGAAGGGAGAUCAUCGAUCAAUUAUUUGAUCUGUUCAAAAAUAAAGUAGCAGAAUCACCCAUCAUUUCACAGCCCAGUGGCAAGAAUGUUGAAGAUCUGUUCAUCCUUUUGAAACGGAAACUGGCUUGA